AUGGUUGACAUAAAAACCCAAGAACUUAACGAGCUAAAUGAAGUUCCGCAGAAGAGCGCAAAACAGUUGCAGAAAGAGGCAAAGAAAUUAGCGAAACUGGAAAAGUUUAAACAAAAGCAGGAAAAGAAGGAAGGUGAUAAAAUUCCAAAAGCUAAGGAAAAAUAUGAAAAAAUUGAAAAGAAGAAAGAAUCCAAAGAAUCUGCUGUAUACACAAUAAAUACACCUAUAGGAGAGAAGAAAGAUGUUACAUGUGCUAUGCCUGAUACAUAUAGUCCAAAGUAUGUUGAAGCAGCAUGGUAUGCAUGGUGGGAACAGCAAGGUUUCUUCAAACCUGAAUACGGUAGAAAAAGUAUAUCAGAGUCAAAUCCUAAUGGAAAAUUUGUUAUGGUGACACCUCCUCCUAAUGUAACUGGUUUCCUUCACCUUGGACAUGCUUUAACCAGUGCUGUAGAAGAUACUAUUACAAGAUGGAAUCGUAUGAAAGGACGUACAACUUUAUGGAACCCAGGUUGUGACCAUGCAGGUAUUGCUACUCAAGUGGUUGUUGAAAAGAAACUUUGGAAAGAAGAGAAAAAAACGCGUCACGACGUGGGGAGAGAGAAUUUUAUAGAAAAAGUUUGGAAAUGGAAGGAAGAGAAAGGAAACGGAAUCUACACGCAGUUGAGAAAAUUAGGCGGUUCGUGUGAUUGGGAUCGUGCUUGUUUCACUAUGGAUCCAAAGUUAUGUAGAGCUGUUACAGAGGCAUUUAUAAGGUUACACGACGAGGGCACAAUUUAUAGAAGUAAUCGCUUGGUUAAUUGGUCUUGUACAUUAAAAAGUGCUAUCUCGGACAUAGAGGUUGAUAAACUUGAAUUAACUGGUCGUACAUUACUUUCAAUUCCUGGAUAUCAAGAAAAAGUAGAAUUCGGCGUGCUAGUUUUAUUUUCUUAUGAAAUUGUAGAUUCUACAGAAAAGAUAAUAGUAGCUACUACUCGUAUAGAGACUAUGUUGGGAGACACAGCCAUUGCUGUUCAUCCAAAAGAUUCUAGAUACACUCAGUAUAUUGGAAAAUAUGUACAACAUCCAUUUUGUGAUAGAAAGCUACCUAUUAUAGCCGAUGAAUUUGUCGAAAUGGAAUUUGGAACAGGUGCUGUAAAAAUUACACCAGCUCAUGAUCCUAAUGACUACGAAGUAGGCAAAAGACAUAACUUGCCAUUUAUCACUGUUUUUGAUGACAAUGGGAAUAUUAUCGGAGAUUAUGGUCAAUUUACGGGAAUUAAGCGGUUCCAUGCUAGAACACAUAUAAUAACAGAAUUAACAGCAAAAAAUUUGUUAGUUGAAAUUAAGGAUAAUCCUAUGGUGGUACCAAUAUGUAGUAGAUCUAAGGAUGUUAUUGAACCAUUAAUGAAACCUCAGUGGUACAUAAGAUGCAACGAAAUGGCCGAGAAAGCAAUGAACGCCGUAAAAACUGGUGAACUGAAAAUUAUUCCGGAUCAGUAUAAGAAGAUUUGGUACCAUUGGAUGGAAAACAUAAAAGAUUGGUGUAUUUCUCGUCAACUGUGGUGGGGUCAUCGUAUUCCUGCUUAUUCUGUUAAAACAAUUAAUCCUGUUGCAAAUCUGAAGCUAAAUGAUGAAUAUUGGGUGAGCGCGCAUUCACAAAACGAAGCAAAAGAAAAGGCCGCUAAAAAAUUAAAUACUACUGUAGAUAACAUUAUUGUGGAACAAGAUGCUGAUGUGUUAGAUACGUGGUUUUCUUCUGGUUUGUUUCCAUUUUCGAUAUUUGGAUGGCCGGACGAGACAAACGAGUUCAAAGAAUUUUAUCCUGGAACAUUGUUAGAAACUGGACACGAUAUAUUAUUUUUCUGGGUAGCAAGGAUGGUAUUUCUCGGGCAAAAGUUAACAGGAAAAUUACCAUUCAAAGAAGUUUAUUUACACGCUAUGGUACGAGAUGCGCAUGGAAGGAAGAUGAGCAAAUCCUUAGGAAAUGUUAUAGAUCCCAUGGAUGUAAUUAACGGAAUAUCACUGGAGAAUCUUCAUAAGCAACUAAUGAAUUCCAAUUUGGAGCCAAAAGAGCUUCAACGGGCUAUAGAAGGACAGAAACGUGAUUAUCCGCAAGGAAUUCCUGAGUGUGGAACUGAUGCUCUAAGGUUUGCUCUUUGUGCUUAUACGAUGCAAGGUCGCGAUAUUAAUCUGGACAUCAAUCGCGUCCAAGGAUACCGUUUUUUCUGUAACAAAAUAUGGAAUGCAGCAAAGUUUUGUUUCAUGUACCUGGAUUCCAACAUCAAUUAUUGUGAAGAUAACCAAUUGGUGAAAAAUCAAUAUGAUAACAAUGUGGUAGGUGACAAAAAAUGGUAUCAUAAAACUUUGAAAGAAAGAUGUGUACAGGAAGCAUUAAAUAAUUAUUUAGGAGACUAUGCCUACCUAGACGGAUAUAAUCCAUCACAAAUUGACGUGAAGGUUUAUCAAACCUUUGUUAAAUUAGACGUUGAUUUUAUAAAAUAUCCUCAUUUGCAACGUUGGUAUAAACAUAUAGCAUCGUUCAGUGCACAAGAACAAUCUGCGUUCCGCGUUGAACAAGGUAAAAUAUUACCUCAAUGCAGUUGCAAAAUACAUGAUCACAAUAACAGAAUAAAGCAAGUAUCAAAGGAAACAAAUGUGGAUUUAUGGAUGCUCUCGCGUGUAAGUUAUGCCGUGAACACUUGUGAUAAAGCAAUGGCGGAGUAUGAUUUUCCAACAGCCACCACUGCUUGUUAUAAUCUCUGGUUAUAUGAUCUAUGCGAUAUUUAUUUGGAGUAUUUAAAACCAGUAUUUCAAAGUAACGAUGAUGAGAGAAAGCUAGCAGCAAGAAAAACUUUGUUUAAAACUCUAGAUAUAGGAUUAAAAUUGUUGAGUCCAUUCAUGCCGUUCAUAACUGAAGAAUUGUAUCAACGUUUACCACACGCGAAACAUCUUUAUCCAAGUAUAUGUGUCAGUCCAUAUCCAGAUACUUCAGAUUGUCCUUGGAGAAAUGAAGAGAUAGAAAAGGAUAUUGAAUUUGCUAACAAAGUAAUAAAAAAUAUCCGAUCAACGCGUGCAACUUACAACUUACCAAAUAAAAUAAAGACUGAAGCUUUUCUUGUAUGCAGCAAUGAUAGUUUAAAAGAUCAACUGAUGGAAUAUCAGCUACUAAUCGAAACUCUUGCAUAUUCUACGCUUAGCACUCAACAACCAUCAACAGGAUGUGCUAUCAUUACUGUGACGGAUAAAGUACAAGUACACUUAUUGUUAAAGGGUUUAAUCGAUCCAAAGAAAGAGUUGGAGAAACUUUGCAAAAAGAAAGAACAGUUAUUAGAUAUUAUACAUAAAACCAAACAAGCUAUGGAAGUUCCUGAUUAUAAUGUUAAGGUACCUUUAGAUGUACAAAACAGUAACAAAGAAAAGUUGAUUAACAGCGAAGGAGAAUUGAAACGAAUUACCGAUGCAAUAGUGGCUCUACAAACAAUGUAAUAUUUAAUUAAAAAUAUAGGGUUCAAAAUUUUAUAUCUGCAUUACUUUUGUAUUUAAAUUAUCUU